AGACAGCUGAGACUGUGUCAGAUCUUCAAGGAGAGAGACAGACAGGAAGAGACAAAAGGAAGUGGGAUUUUUCCAUCUGACAGAUCCUUGACACCCAGAGGACUUCACACGUUCCUUUAAAGAAAUAGUGCCAGCAGAGGAGUUACCAUGGAAACCAGGAUGGUGAUGAAGCGCGAGCAGGAGGAGCAGUCUUCCCAGAUGUCUCACAGCAUGCAGCUGUCCUCUCAGAUCAAGAAGAAGACCUUCACUUCCAGUGACGAGGAAGCCUCCUACUCGGAUUUCUAUCCAAUCAUCUCUGCCGACCUGAUGUCCGUCAAGGAGAUCCUGAACAUGGAAAACUUCCCCCGCCACAGGACAUGGGAGAUCCUCAAGGAAACUCUUGCUGCUGAUCAGGCGUACCAAAGACAAAAAUGGACCCUGUUUGGGAACGAGGCUGAGAAGUUGGAGCUAGCUGUGAUCAAGAACCAGCAUGUGUUACGUACACGUGUUGACUCCAGGGCACUUCGCAGGAAGGCAGAAAUGAAGGCAUCAGCCCACAUGAAGUACAUGGAGCGUCUGAGCCAGAAGGCCCCAGAUUUUCCGAUCCCUCUGAGGGCUCACACUGUCUGGGAGGGCAUGACGGUCAAAUUCUCCUGUACAGUCAAGGGCUGUCCACCCCCAAAGGUCACAUGGUAUAAGGACGGUCGGCCCCUGAGGAUGUCUGACCAACCAUGGAAUUACCAUCUUCAGCAGAAGUUUGGUCUAAAUACACUGGAAAUUAGAAGAUGCUCUCCUGAAGAUGCUGGCGAGUAUAAAGUGAUAGCCAGGAGUCACUUGGGUGAAGCAGUGACUUUUGGAACACUUGUGGUCAACUCAUAUCAUGGAGCCAUGGCUGGUUCAGAGACCCGCGCCUCAUACUUUGAAGAAGAAGCCCACUUUGAAUACGCCUUCCCUCCAACCUGGGUGAAGGAAGGUAACAGCCUCACCCUGCAGUGUACCUUCACCUCAGCCCUGCCGCCCUCUCAGCAGGAUGUCAGCUGGUUCAGAGAUGGCAUACUGCUGCUUCAGUCCAACUCUGUGGACAUUAAGACUGUUGACAACAUGACCUUGAUCACUUUAAAGACUGCACACAAGGAGCAUGAAGGUUUUUACACUGUACGACUGAAGACCAUUGAUGGAUUGAAGGAGCACAGCGCUUAUGUCUAUGUCCAAGAUGCUUCUGCUGCAGUGCUGGGAGGCCCCGCCUCCCCUCUGGCCGUUCAGGUAUCUGACGUCAACAAGGAUUAUGUCUUCCUUACCUGGCAACCACCCAGUGCUGAUGGAUCCUCACCGGUCCAAGGAUAUUACAUAGAGAGAUGUGAAGUUGGUCAGGGUGAAUGGGUGCGCUGCAAUAAACACAUUCAGAAGAAGUGCCAUUAUCCAGUGUUUGGACUAAAGGAAGGGACUCUGUACCAGUUCAGAGUUCGUGCUGUAAACCAGGCAGGAGCAGGUCGACCUUCCAUGGCCACUGAGCCCGUCCUCACCACAGACCCCCUGCAACACACCAGGACAAUGGUGGUCAAAGUAGACCAAGGAAGGAAGAUCACCAUUACAAAAGAUGAGCUUGAAGGUCAGGUCAAAGCUCCCUUCCCUCCCACAGAUGUGCACGCCUGCGAGGUGAGUGACACCUACGUGGUGCUGAGCUGGACUGAGCCUGACCCCAGAGGCAGAGAGCCGCUCACCUUCUACGUGGAGCGGUCCCUGGCAGGGAAAAGCAGCUGGGAGCUGGCCAGCCUGGACACGGUGGUAAACUCUCCCAGGUUCCCAGUGUUUGAUCUGGUCAAGGGCAAGCAGUACUGCUUCAGAGUGCGCUCCAUCAACAAGUACGGCGUCAGUGACCCCUCUGAGCCCAGUCAGCCCAUCUCCUUGGGCAAACCACAAGCUGUGCCCGCUCCUCCUCACUCCGUCCUGGCCUUCAGAGACACAGAUACCUCAGUGCUGCUUCAGUGGCAGGAGCCCAAAGACAAAGAUGACGUUCUUGGGUAUUACCUGUACUACUGUGAGAAUGGCAAAAAUGACUGGCAGACCGUCAACAACAAGCCUAUUACACAGACAAGAUUCAUAGUCCAUGGCCUAAAAACCAGAAGAGAGUAUGUGUUCAGGGUGAAAGCUGUGAGCCGAGCAGGAAACAGCAUCUACUCGGAUGAGUCUCAACCCAUCCUUGUCAAAUCAGCCAUUCAUGUUCCCUCUGCUCCCUCUGCCAUCACCCUGCUGCUGUGCACCGGAUCAGAGAUGGUGUUAGGCUGGAGGGCCCCUGCCUCUAACGGGGGAGACCCUGUGCGUGGAUACUACCUGGACCAAAGAGAAAAGGGCAAAAAAACAUGGAGAGAGGUUAAUGUGAAACCAGUCAAAGAGAGGCAGUUUAAGGUUUGUAACCUCACCAGUGGACACUUCUACCAGUUCCGUGUGUUAGCUGCCAAUAUAGCUGGCGUUGGGAAACCGUCUGAGGCCAGUGAGGCUUUCCUGUGUGAGAAGUGGACGAUGCCAGAGCCAGGUUGUCCAUAUGACGUGGAGGUCAGAGAGGUGAGAAACGACUCUCUCGUGCUGCUGUGGGCGGCUCCAUUGUAUGAAGGAAGAAGUCCAGUCAUUGGCUAUUCACUGGAAAUCAGCCAAGGUGACCAAUCAGAUGAAUGGAUGGCUUUAACUGAAAAAACAAUCUCUGACACACAUUACAAGGUGACGGGGCUUCAGGCGGGUCAGACCUACCGACUACGUGUGUCAGCUGUCAAUGAGGCUGGAAUGAGCUGUCCGUCCCUGCCCACUGAUCCAGUUACUGCUCAGACCAGACCAGGGACCAAAAACAUUGAGAUCGGAGUGGAUGAGGACGGUUUCAUAUAUCUGGGAUAUGAGGCGAGUGAGAUGAACGAUGAGAGCAAGUUCCUCUGGAGCAAAAACUACACUGAACCUAUUGAUGCUGGAAGAGCUCAGGCUGAAACCAAGAAGAAUAGGUCCCUGCUCACCUUCACAGACCCCACUGAGGAGGAUCUGGGUCUUUACACAGUGGAGAUGAGUGACAACCCCAGCCUAUCGUCCAGCUAUGACUUCACAGCUGAAGACCUUGAAAGACUCAAAGAACUCAGCUGGCAAGUCAGAAAUCCACUGAUAGCUUUGAAGACAGGCUGGCAGGUGGAGGUGUCUGAGAAAGGUACCGUACGUCUUUGGCUCCAGACUGAGAGUCUGAGUGACAAGGCUGAGCUCCGUCUCAUCUUCAAUGACAGAGAAAUUUCCAGCACCCCGCACCGUAAGAUCAACUUUGACAAGGCCAAAGGUCUGGUGGAGAUCCUGUUUGAUCGGCUCUCUCCAGAGGACCAGGGCUCGUACACAGCUCAGCUGAGGGACGGCCGCGCCAAAAACCAGUGCACUUUGGUCUUUGUAGAUGAAAAGUUUCGUCAGACGCUGGCCCUGGCAGAUAAAAACAGGCGGGACCAGCAGAGAAAGUCUGGACCUUAUUUCCAAGAGUUCCUGUCGUGGAGUCUGAACAAGGACUGUGAGCUGAUUAUAAAGUGCAAGGUGACAAAUACAAAAAAGGACACGACUCUGAAGUGGUUCAAAGACAGUGCAGCACUGACCAAAGUGGAGUAUGACCAGUCAUCAGGAGUCAGCAUGCUCACCAUCCAACAGGUAACAAAGAAAGAGGCGGGUUCAUACAGAGCUGUGGUGUCAGAUGGACGAGGAGAGGAUGUCAGCACCUUGGAGUUACUAAACGAUGAGUACGACAAGCUCCUGCAGCAGCUGAGUAAACAGUGUGCACUGUCAGCUAGCCCACUGAGGAUUCAGAGCACAGCUGAAGGAGUUAUGAUCUACUGCUCCCUCAAAUACUACAUCAGCUACCUGAGGAACAGCUGGUACUAUGGGGAGAAGAGGAUCGAUCAGGAAGCCAGGAUGAAGCCUGGCUGCAGCACGGAGAAAGCCUGGAUUGAAAUCCGUAACCCAACUGAGAACGAUAAAGGCAAAUACACGCUGGAGAUGUUUGAUGGCAAAGAGACACAUAAACGGUGUCUUGACCUCUCUGCACAAGCCCUAGCCGAUGCCCUGCUGGAGCACCAGAGGUUGAAGCAGGCGGCCAGUGCUGAGAAAAGUCGGGCCAAGGUGACAAAAGGUCUUCCUGAUGUGGUAGCCAUCAUGGAGGGAAAGUCUUUGUGUCUGACCUGCUACAUGGAUGGCGACCCUGCCCCAGAGAUCUUCUGGCUGAGAAAUGACACAGAGAUUGUUGAUCAGACCCACUUUACCAUCACCAAGGCCCCAAAAUGCAGCACCAUCACCAUCCAUAACAUUAGCAUGGAGGAUUCUGGGAAAUACAGCAUCUAUGUGCGCAACAAGUUUGGAUCUGAAACUGCUGAUGUGACAGUGAGUGUUUACAAGAUUGGGGAAAAGCCUCCGGCACAUGCUGUGGACAUGGGUUAAACCUGCACCAAGAAUCAGAAAUACAUUUAUGCAAGUUUUAAUGCUUAGAAUUAGAUUUCUGGACUGCAUAUAAAUGAUGAUAUUUAGAUAAUGAGAUGUAAUGUUGGUGGAUAGGUCAUGAUUUUGAAGAUGUUUUCAGCAAGAGGAAACAUUCAAUUGUCAAAAAGGGUAAAAAAUUCAUUCUUAAAGUCAGCCAACUGGACAUAAAAGGAAUUAACUUGGAUAUAUUUGUGAGAAAAUGUUUGUACUCCUGUCUUGUAAUGGAGAAGUAGAACUGCAAAAUCCUUUGGGUCAAUUUAAUUAAUUAAUUUAGUGGGGGACUGGUAAAAGACUUUGCCAGUAUAAAACCACAGUCUCCAAAAAGUUGGGGCACUAAGUAAAACCCAAAUCUUAUUCAUCAUAGAACAUAAAAACAUAUCAGAUGUUGAAAAUGAGACAUUUUACCCUUUCGUUUUGAAUUUGAUGGCAGCAACACAUCUCAGAAAAAGUUGGGACAGGGCAGCAAAGGGCUGGAAGAGUAAAUUGUACUUAUAAAAACAGCUUGAGGAGCAUUUUUCAACUAGAUAUGUUAAUUGGCAACAGGCCAGUAACAUGGCUGGGUAAAAAGAGCAUUUUAGAGAAGCAGGGUCUCUUAGAAGUAAAGAUUGGCAGUGACUCACCAGCCGGCAAAAACUGUGUCUAAUACUUGUGGAACAAUUUCAGAAAAAUGUUCCACAAUGUAAAUUUGCAAAGAUUUUGAAUAUCCCACCCUCUUUUGUAAAUAACAUAAUCAAAAGAUUAUGAGAAUCUGCAGAAGUCUUCAUGCCCAAGAGACAAGGCCCAAGGUCAAUAUUGGAUUCUCAUAAUCUUUUGGCCAUCAGAUGGUACUGUAUUAAAAACAGGCAUUAUUCUGUCCUGGAAACCACUGCAUGGGCUCAGGAACACUUCCAGAAAUCACUAUCUGCCAACACAGUUUUCCGUGUCAUCCACAAAUGCAAGUUAAAGCUGUGUUAUGCAAAGAAGAAACCAUAUGAGAUUAUGAUCCAGAAACACAGCUGUUUUCUCUAGACCCAAGGUAUUUUAAAAUAGACUGAGGCAAAAUGGAAAACUGUCCUGUGGUCAGCGAAUUAAAAAUAAAGUUAAAUUCUUUUUGGAAUAUUUCUUUUUGUGUGGGGUUGCAUUAGUGUCUCUGACACAGGCUUACUCAUUUGGAAAGGCUCUAUCAGUGCUGAAAAAUAUGUAAAGGUUUUAGAGCAACAUAUACUCCAAUCCAAACAACGUCUCUUUCGGGGAAGGCCUUGUAUAUUUCAGUAAGAUUAAUUUUAUUAAACCACAUACUGCAUCUAUCACAACAGCAUGGCUUCACAGUAGAGGAGUCCUGGUGCUGAAAUAGCCCAUCCGCUGUCCUGACCUUUCACCAACAGAAAACAUUUGGCGCAUCAUAAAAAAAUCCAGCAAACAAAACCCAGGGCUGUUGAGCACCUGGUGUCUUACGUUACAAUAUUCCUCUCCCAAAACUUUAGUAACUGGUCUCCUCUCUUCCCAAGACAUUUAGAGUCAGUUACUGAAAAAAGAGGGGAUGCUAAACAAUUGUAAACAUGACCCUGUCUGUACUUUUUUGAGAUGUUUCCUUAAAAGUGAGACAUAGCUAUGCCAAAAACAGCUGGUCUCUUGUAUUGACCCUCAUUUCUUCAUACCAGACAACAGUGGAACGAAGCUCCAAUCGCCUCUGUUAAAUUUAAUUUCAUUGUUUGUUUUGCUAACUACCGCUGUGGCCUUGAGGUGAUUAUCCAUCUGAAGUUAUGAAGUCUUGGUGAAAGCGUGCACAAAGGCCAGUCAUGUCAGAAACUUGACAGCAGAGCUU